ACUGUUAGCCUGGACUGGAAAGUAAUUCGCAGAGGGUCCUGGAAACAGUAUAAGAGACUCGUGGCCGACAAGCCGCCACCAGCAGCGGAGGACGAAGCCGUGGUGGACACUGCAGGCUCACCGUAG